CAGUGGAUCUGCAGAUCUUACAUCACCAGGAUUACAAACUAUCGGGGGGGGAGUCAUGGCCUCAUACAACUCGUAGUCCUUAUAGUGCAAGAGAAAAUAAAACAUUUAUUUGGUGUUUUAGUGAUUUUUUUUAAAAGAGCAAUUUCAGUUUGUAGAGAUGAAGGUGGAUCAGUCAGUGGGAAAGGAUGUGAGUUAGUUCAAAUGAGCUUCCACCUCUGCAGCACAAGUUUGGAGUGACGUCUUGGAGAUGAUCAAAAUAUGCAGACAUAUGAACCAGAAAUGAGGUGAUUGACUCCAUUUCAAACCCUGUCGCAACACAAAGGCAACCGCUGUGCACACGCUUCCUGUGGAGAACGUACAGGGGAUAAAGUUCAGCAUCGGUUUUGUCACCAAAGUGCAAUGAAUCCACUCAUCUGAGCCUUUCAUUGCUGGGGGAUGAAAAAAAACAGCAUGUGUUGGCUGCAUUUCAAGGGGCCUUCCAUAUGCCUUUAUCAGACAGCCUAGUCAUGCUGCUGUGACAGUCAUUUCUCAAAUGGAAAUUCUGAAGAAAGUGACCCUUAAAUUGUUUGUAAAUUGUCCAAAAGUGUUUUGUGGACUCAAACACUUCACCCACCCCUCCAUCUGCAUAGUGAAAUGAAGCCAAAACAUCUUGGAUAUGAAUGCUGACAGCUUGAAUAUUUGGUGCCAGAGUCUUUGAAAUUACUUCCAGAGGAUGGAGCUGCAGUGGUGAGGUCCCACCGAUACAUGCCCCUGACCAAUCACUGGACACGGAGCUCCAUCGAUGUGCGCACUGGAUUUUACCCACCAAAGAGUGUCGAGACCAGGGGGAGACGGGCGGACUUUAUCGCGCAGGACUGUCGGGGUGUAGCAGAGACGAUCAUGGAUAAAACUUUGCACAUUCUCCAGAAAGCCGCAGACGCGGGCGUACCGACCGGCAUCUCCCUGGAUGUGAGUCUAAACAUGGACGAGGGGGAAGGCUUCACGGAGCGGCAGAUCGUGGGGCUCCCGGACAAAAUACCUCUGGUGAAACCGUAUUUCAAGAAGAAGCAGAGGAAAUUGGACUCCAAAUGUCUCCACCGAGCCCUGGAGGACCCCAUCCUUACCACGCUACUGAGCACGGACACGCUGGUGUCCGGGGAUGGAGUGUUUGUUCCCCGGACCCAGCCGGGUCGGACGCCGGGCAACCUGUGUGCGGCCGUGGUGAAGCAGAGCCGCAUGGGCCAGGUGUGUCUCAAAAAUCCGGGAGCUGCGGACGGUGCCGCGGCCGGGGCUGGAGUAGCGGGACUGAUGUCCCGGGACGGUGAUGUGGAAAUAGCCGAUACUACUGCGGAGCUGGAGGAGACGGAGCGACGAGGGGAACGACCCAAGAUCACCGACCCGACCCCCGACAGCCGCUGCUUUCAGCUGAAGCCUGCCCUCAGGGCAGCCGGGAACACAGUGACAAUAACGCCCCCCGUCAGGGAUAUACCUCCCCUGGUUGCACCCCAGGCCCCUCGACAGGAUGGGCCCAUCAUAAGCAAUGACCUCUUAACCUCUGGGGCUAAAAACCUUCCAGUCAAAGACUGUGCUGGAGUUCAGGACCCCCUUCCCCUCCUCCCGCAGCCCAACAAAGGAGUUCUAUUUCAGGAUAAAAGUGAAGAGGCCUCCCUGGACCUGGUUUUCGAGCUGCUCACUCAACUCCAGUAUCACACGCACCAGUCAGACUCUGUGGACAUCUGUGUGGAUUUCCUACAAGGACAGUGUGUUUAUGGCAACGACUGCGCCCACCACCACACUGUGCUGCCCUUCCACUGGCAGAUCCACAGGAACAGUAGUCAGACGUGGCAGAGCAUAGCGGAUGACUCCCAGGAACAGCUGGAGAGACUGUACUGCAACCCUGACAAUGAGCAAGUCAGGCUCAAGUUUCAGGGUCGAGUGUUUUCUCUCGACUUUGGGGCGAUGCGAGUGUGUGAUCUGGAGUUUGACCGGGUCAGACGACUGACCACUCCCCCGAGCCCUUUGCCCACGCCCACAACAAUCCCAAAUCCUACCCCCAGCUGUCACACGGUGUGGAAGUACUACUGCAGAGACAACUUUGGCUGGAGGGAAUACUCUGAGCCGGUGGUGAAGCUCAUAGAGGAGGCAAGCUCGAGGGGUCUUAAGGAGGUGCGGUUCAAUACGCUCCAGAACCAGUAUAUCCUCAACAUCAGGGAGGGCUUCCAGCAGAAUGCUAUCUUCGGGUUCAGACGCCAGAUCAAGAGGCGGCCAAUGUUCAUGUCCUCUGUAAUGCUUACACCCCAUCUACAGACACUGGGCGGCCUCUCUGCACCUCCCCUCCCCUCUUCAUCCUCCCCCUCUCCGUCCUCUUCUUCCAUGGAUCUUUCCGCGUCGCACCCCCUCUCGCCAACCACCACAAACCCGCCAAGCCUUUUCCCAGAAACGUGGUUGCCUAUGAUGAUGAACCAGGACUUCCUGCAGGUGCCUGUAUCGCGUGAGGACCGCAGCUACCGCACGGUGUACAGCCUUUUCCACAAGACCGUGUCAGAGACCAAGUUCAGGAUCAUCAAGAUCCAGCGCGUACAGAACCCCUUCCUCUGGGAGAAAUAUAAGAGGAAGAAGGAGUACAUGUCGCGGCGCAUGUCGGAGAUGGACCGGCUGCUGAGCGAGCGACACCUCUUCCACGGCACCUCUGUCGACGUGGUGGACGGCAUCUGCAAGCACAACUUUGACCCGCGAGUCUGCGGAAAGCACGCCACCAUGUUCGGCCAGGGCUCCUACUUCGCCCGCAAGGCUGUCUACUCCCACAACUUCUCCAAGCGCUCGCCCAAAGGAGUCCACUGCAUGUUCCUGGCCAAAGUCCUCACUGGCAGGUUUACUGUAGGAAAUCCCUCCAUGCGAAGGCCGCCACCCAUCAAUCCCCGCGACUCCUCCAGUGAUCUUUAUGACUCCUGUGUGGACAACUGGGUGGACCCGCAGAUUUACGUCAUCUUCAAUGAUGACCAGAGUUACCCUUACUUUAUCAUUCACUAUGAGGAGGUACCCAGCACCGUCUCCGUCUAACCCCCGGAUCAGACCUGGAUCUGUCUGUUUUUGCAAAUACUUACUCAUAGUUUGCUUUCAUCUGUGUCACAGAGGUAGAGUUUGCCGCUCAAGAGAAGUCUAUUGUUGCUUUGGCCAACUCCAUUUGGAUCUGGUUUUAUCCCCAUCUGCUGCAGAUCAAAGCAAAAUCUAUGAAAUAUUUGCAAAUAUGUGAAGAUCCUGGUCUGUAGCCAACUGGAUCCAAAACUAGACUGGACUGCAGUUAGGAACAACCAGUCAAAACUGGAACUAUAGCAAAGGACGGCACCGGUUUCCUACUGCUUGCAGAGGUGGAUGACAACUGACAGCAGCUGCAACAUGCCCGACUGGACUCAGAUACCACACUUUGUUAUCUAGUUUGAACAGGAGCCUCGUGAUGAUCAUCUGAGAGGAUUUGAGCUACCUUUUUAUUCUGGAAAUAAAACAAACCUAGUCCCCCCUUAUCAUUUUGACUUAGUCAUACGGCUGUAUAUGAACUCCACAUCAGGUCAGACGCUGUUGUAGACGGUUAGCAUCUCGCCAGUACUGUGAAUGACCAAUGGCCCGUUUUUAUUAUUCUGAGGAAGCAGAAACCGACCAGUCAGAUGCUUCCGUAGAUAAACCAAGGCCACAAACCCCCAUUUCAUUCUCUUGCAAAAAAAAAAAAAAAA